AUGGACACCCAGCUGCAAAACUUCUGGAAAGAAAGCAUCACAAAAGAAGAUCUGCUGAGGUUGUGUUGGUUGAGGCGUUUCAAAGGAGACCUCAGCAAGCCGCCAGCAAGAGAAACCAAACGCAAGAGAGUACCCACACUGCCGCACAUAGACGUCCAGACACAGGAAGCAGCAGUGCAGGAAAAAGAGGGGAGCCCAUCAGAGGAGGAAAAACAGAAAGAUUCGAUAGCUGAAGAGCAAGCUCCAGCCAUGGCUUUGAGUGAUAUGAGGCCAGUCACCCCUGAGGUGCGGGCCUUGCUGUAUGAUGGAUUCUCCAAAGAGGACAAAGGCAGAUAUCUAUACCUAAAAGCCCGAAUGAAGAAAGGCCCCAGUGAGAAAUACGAGUACCCUCUCACCUCUUCCUGGAAUUACGGCUGGAAAAUAGAGGAUGAUGUUGAAUACAAGAAACCAGGCUUUGGGCGAUCGGCCUUGGUGGAAACUGCUUUCUACCGAAGAAAUGGAAUCUUCAGUAAGCCAGAAGCAAAUGAUGCCAUGAAUUGA